AUGUCUUGGUUAAAAAAACACAAUCCCCAAAUUUUGUGGGAAAAACAUACACUUGUUUUUAAUUCCUUGUAUUGUUCCAACAACUGUCUAGCCACACCUGCUGUUUUAGAACUCAAAGCAGUGGAAGAAAUUCCUGCCCCUUAUCAAGAAUUUACUAGAGUAUUUUCAGAGGAAGAAUCGUCAAAAUUACCACCCCACCGUCCUUACAACAUUGCCAUUGAGUUACUUCCAGAUGCGCGACCAAGACAUGGCCCCAUAUACAGUUUAGGUCCAAGGGAAGAUGCGGAACUUAAAGAAACCAUUGAGAAACAGCUCAAAGCUGGUCUAAUCCGCCUGUCUAGAUCCCCUAUGGCCUCUCCCAUAUUAUUUGUCAAAAAAAAAUGGGAAACUAUGCAUAAAAACGUCUAUCCCCUGCCCUUGCCACAGAAUCUCAUUGAGAAAUUACAAGGUGCCAAGAUCUUUAGCAAAUUCGAUAUUAAGGCAGGAUACAACCUAGUCCAAAUAAAAGAAGGCAAUGAAUGGAAAACCGCUUUCAAAACAAAAUACAGACUAUUUGAAUAUUUGGUCAUGCCCUUUGGACUAACAAAUGCACCGGCAGCCUUUCAAGACAUGAUGAAUGAGAUAUUCAGGGACCUUCUGGAUGUCUACGUUAUCAUAUAUUUGGACGAUAUUCUAGUAUUCUCUCUUAACAAAAAAGACCAUGAAGCCCAUGUGCAAGAAGUGCUUAAAAGACUGCAGGAUAACAACCUUUUUUGUAAUAUUGAGAAAUGUCAUUUCCACGUCAAAAGGAUCGACUACCUAGGAUUCAUUAUAUUGGAACUUGGCAUAGAAGUAGAUCAAUCCAAGGUCACGGAUGCAAUGAAUUGGUCAACACCUAAGAAUGUCAAGAAUAUUCAGGAAUUCUUAGGGUUUGUAAAUUUCUAUAGACAAUUUAUUCCAAACUUUGGUAAUAUGGCACAACCUCUGUACAACCUGCUCAAAAAAGAUAGUAUUUGGAAAUGGGAACAGGCGGAACAACAAUCCUUUGAUGGCUUGAAGAAAUGUCUUACAUCAGCACCUCUACUUUUACAGCCCAACACUACAAAACAAUUCUACGUAGAAUGCAACGCAUCCAAUUACGCAACAGGAGCCAUAUUAUCCCAGCGCAACCCUGAAGGAAAAUUGGCCCCUGUAGCAUAUCUAUCAAAAUCCCUGUCACCGGCGGAAAAGAACUAUGAUAUUUUGACAAAGAGCUUACCCCUUGAAGGGGGGGUAGAGAACCAAGUUCUCCUAAAACCAGAACUUUUCAUUGCGUCAAUCACUCCGGAUCAGGAAAUUAAUGACCUGAUUGGUGAAGCAAUCUACAAGGAUGAAUGCCUUAAGGAAAUCUUGCACAAACUCCAGAGCAAGGAUAAAGUAGUUGACUGGGAGUUAAAAGAGGGAUUACUAUGGUAUCAAGGAAAAAUCUUUGUACCUAGAGAUGAUACUAUUAGGAACCUCAUCUUGGAGUCUAGACAUGACGCAUUAGUUGCAGGACACCCAGGACAAACCAGGACACUAGAACUUAUUUCCAGGAGUUAUUACUGGCCAUUGCUGAAAAAGUUUGUCAAUUCUUAUGUCAGCCACUGUGAAACCUGUAUCAGGUCCAAGCCAACAAAUCAAGUACCUGUAGGACUGCUAAAGCCAUUGCAAAUUCCUGAACGUCCCUGGGAAGAUAUAGCCUAUGACAUGAUUGUGGGACUACCAAUUUCAGAAGGCUUUGACGCCAUCCUUACUGUCAUUGACUGUUUCUCAAAAAUGGUUCACUUUAUUCCUACCCAAUCCACAGCAUUGGCUAUUGACAUUGCCAACUUAUUUAUUACAUACAUCUGGAAAUUACAUGGCCUUCCCAAGAGUACAGUUUCAGAUAGAGGCCCUACAUUUAAUGCCAAGUUUAUUUGUCAUCUAUAUAAAAGGCUAGACAUCAAGCCUACAUAUUCUACAGCCUACCAUCCUCAAACAGAUGGUCAAACGGAACGGAUACAACAAGAGGCCAAGAUAUUUAUACGUAUGUUUGGGAAUCAUUGUCAAUCAGACUGGGUGUCACUAUUGCCAUUGGCCGAAUUUGCCUUAAACAAUUUGAAACAGACUUCCACAGGCAAAUCCCCUUUCCAAAUAUGUUAUGGCUAUAAUCCAAGAUUUACAGUUGGUCAAAAGUCAGAUGAAUCAGUCCCUAACGCAGACAAACAUGCGGAAUUUUUAGAAAAGGGCUAUGAUGAAGUCAAGGCAGCGUUAUCAAUAUCCCAAGAAAGGAUGAAACACUUCUAUGAUCAACGUCACAGGAAAGAAGAAGAAAUUCAAGUAGGGAACAAAGUUUGGCUAAGUCAUCAAAAUAUAUCCACCAAUAGACCAUCCAUCAAGCUUAGCCACAAAAAGCUAGGUCCCUACUUGGUAAUUGAAAAAAUUGGAUCACAUGCGUAUAAAUUACAACUACCCCAUACCACGCGCAUACAUCCAGUCUUUCACAUUAAUCUUCUGACAAAAUUCCAUCCUGACCCUCAUGGACGCAAUCCUCCUCAACCUGCACCUAUCAUCACAGAAGAAGGUGAAGAGGAAUACAAAGUAGAGAAGAUCCUAGAUAGCAAGUGGAAAGGACAAGGAAAGACAAAGAAGUUAUGGUACCUGGUCAAAUGGAAAGGUUACAAUGAAGGAAGUAAUUUGUGGGAGCCAAUAGACAAUGUGGGAAAUGCUCAAGAAGUCCUAGAGGAAUUUCACAAGGAACACCCCGACGCAGUUAGAGCUUAA